GCAUGGGAACGUAUGGAAGCGGGGCUCGCGGUGGAGCAGGCGCGGAGAUGUACCAGAGCGAGGUGAACAACACCAUGUUCGUACACUACGUGCGCACCAUCGUGCAGCCCAUGAUGCUGUCGCUCAAGAAGGUCGUCGAUCCCAAGAUCAAGCUGGAGCUGAAGGUCGGUCGUAAUAAUUCCCGGGAGAAGGGCAUUGUGGAGGAAUCGAAGAAGCUUAAAGCGACGUCGCUUGUUAUUGGAACCAACGCCAGAGGCAUGUUCAGCAUGCGCGGCAAGUCCUCCAGCACGGGCGCGUACUGCGUGCGCUACAAGCCGCCGGGCAUAUCGGUGUACGUGAUUCAGCGCGACAAGGUGAUUCUAUACAAGGAGUCGGAGGGCUCGCCCGUCUCCUCCUCCACCGGCAGUCCCUCGGGCUCCGGCCCCAUGAUGCCGCGCCCAGGCCCGCCCGGGGGUGCGGGCUCGGGGACGCUUGAACCCACCUACAGCGGCGCGUUCAGCGAGCAGGGUGAGUGA